CACCUGGCAGACGCCAUCCGUGUCUCUCUUGUGUAUAUAUAGAGCUAGCACGCCUCCUACUUUUUCAAUUUUGCUUAGAAACGCUCGCUCUCUUCUGCGGAAGUUUCCCCAAAGUCUUCAACGACAACAACCUCCGGUUUUAGUAUUCUGUGGUGGCUUCUUAACUUCAAAAAUGCCUAAAGUUAGAAGAGAUAGUUCCUUGUCUCUUGAUCGAUCUAGGGCAUCUCCUUAUCCGUGCACCUCUGAUGAUUCUGAUGCUUACAACCUGAAAAAUCCUUUGGAAAGCAAAGAUAACGCAAAAGAGUGGGAAGAAGCUAGGUGCCCCAUCUGCAUGGAACACGCACACAAUGCUGUUCUUUUAAAAUGCUCAUCUCAUGAGAAGGGCUGCAGGCCUUUCAUGUGCAAUACAAGCUAUCGGCACUCAAAUUGCUUUGACCAGUUUUGUAAGUCAUCUUCGCCUUGCUGCUCAACAGUUAUGUUGCAGGAACUUCCUCUCACACACACCUCUCACAUUGCUAGCGAGGAACAGUCGUCGCCUGGGCAAAGCAGCCCCUGUGGCAGUCAAUUGGAUUUGAAGCCAGUUUGCCCUCUUUGUCGUGGAGAGAUAUAUGGGUAUGUUGUUGUAGAGGCUGCUCGCCACUUCAUGAAUGCCAAAGUGAGGAAUUGCUCUUCUGAGACAUGUGACUUUAGUGGGACUUAUUCAGAACUGAGGAAGCAUGCUAGGUCUGAACAUCCUGCUGUCCGUCCAUCCGAGGUGGAUCCAAAUCGGCAUAGUGAUUGGGUAAGGUUGGAGCGUGAAAGGGACUUGGAAGAUGUUCUUAGCUUGGUCCAACAAGGACCCGGAGAUGAACUUCUUGAUGAUUCAUCAGGGGAUCUUAAUUCCUGGAUGUCGACCGUGUUCGCUGCAAUGUUUCGUUCUCUUGAGGUCAUGCUUGUGACUCGUUUGAUGGAUUCUUCAAGUGGCUCUUCAAGUGGCAGAGAGCAGCAGACGCAUAACCGCAGAUCAGGAAGGACAUCCAGGGUUCAUUAUGACAAUGAUACCAUUCCUUCCACUAGACGGAGCAACAAUGUAUCAGAUAGUACAUCUCGUCCCAGACGUCUGCGUUGGCGGGCACUGAAUGAUGAUGUGGGGACUAGUCGUUCCAGAUGGGGUCGCAAUUCCAUGUCUGGGGAGGCUGGUGGUCAUGCGCCUAGAUGGGGCAACAGUUUGUUAUCAGAGCAAAAUAGCCGUACCCCUAGAUGGGGCAACAACUCCUUGUCAGAGGAAGCUAACCAUGCCCCCAGAUGGGGCAACAAUCCCUUAUCAGAGGAGACCAGUCGCGCCUCUAGAAUGGGCAACAACUCCUUAACGGAGGAGACCAGUCGUUGGCCUAGAUGGGGCAACAACACCUUACCAGAAGAAAGCAGUCGUGCUUCUAUAUGGGGCAACAACUCCUUACGUGAAGAAACCAAUCGUGCUCCUAGAUGGGGAAACAACUCCUUAACUGAAGAGACCAGUCGUGCUCCUAGAUGGGGCAAUGCUUCAGCACCUGAAAAUACCCCUCGUACUGGAAGGCUGCGCUGGAGAAAUCAAAGAUGGCCAACAAAUAACAGGCGGUGACUGCGGCAGACUAUUAUGAGGUCAAUUUUCUCGCGCUAAAAAUCGAGCAGCCGCAGUAGCAUCUUCAGAUUACGUCUGUGCUCGGUUGCGGAUCGUGUCGGACUGUUUAAGAAGAAGAAGCAUUGAAUGAACUGCGAAAGCAUGAAGUUUCAUUUUGUCUGCAAUGUUAAAGGGCCUCGAGAACUCUCUUUUCUUUUUUUUCUUUUUUUCACCCUCUUGUUUGAUUCAUUUUUAGAUUGUGUUAGCACGGUUGAGUACUAUGUUAGUUAUGGUUUCGGUUUAUGAGGAUGCUUCUGUACACAGGGUCGUUUUAUAUUUCUGGAUUUUUACUUUUUCGCCAAACUUUUUGCAAAUAAUUUAUGGAAAGAAUUAUUGAAUCAGUUGAAGCUA